UUGGUAUAAGUGCGAACGGAAAGUAGAGAUCAACUCAGUCGUCUUGAAAAUGUCGACGAAGAUUGGACGGAGAUUUGAAGGCAAAGUUGCAAUCGUCACUGCAUCCACUCAAGGCAUCGGCUUCGCCAUCGCCGAGCGUCUCGGCUUGGAAGGAGGCUCCGUUGUUAUCUCUUCUCGCAAACAGAAAAAUGUGGACGAAGCAGUUGAUAAGCUUAAAAACAAAGGACUUGAAGUGGUUGGAGUGGUUUGUCAUGUCUCAAAUGCACAACAUAGGAAAGAUAUUAUUCAAAAGACUCUUGAUAAAUAUGGGAAAAUAGAUGUGAUUGUAUCAAAUGCUGCUGCAAAUCCGUCUGUGGAUCCCGUGCUUCUAACCCAAGAAUCUGUCCUUGACAAGCUAUGGGAAAUAAACGUCAAAGCAACUGUACUACUUCUGCAGGAGGCAGCUCCUCACCUGCAAAAGGGUUCGUCUAUUGUUUUUAUUUCCUCAAUUGCUGCCUAUCAUCCGCAGCCCGCAAUGUUUAUGUAUGGCGUAACCAAGACAGCCCUUCUUGGAUUGACCAAGGCACUUGCAACUGAGAUGGCCCCUGAUAUUCGUGUAAAUGCUGUUGCCCCCGGUUCUGUUCCAACAAACUUUGCAGCAUUUAUCACAAAAGACGAGGCCGUGAGGAAGAUUGCAGAGGAAAGGACCUUACUUCGUAGGCUUGGUACCCCAGAAGACAUGGCUGCUGCAGCUGCGUUCUUGGCAUCUGAUGAUGCUUCUUAUAUUACAGGGGAAACUCUAAUAGUGGCGGGAGGACUCCCCUCAAGACUCUAAGGACACUUGUUUUACUUUCUAAUAAGCCCUUCCUUUCACACUUUUUUUCCCCCAAGAAGAAUAAGCUAUGCUUAUAGAGAUCUCUAAUAUCCUUUGUUUUUUAUUGUUGUUACCAGAAAUAGUUCUCUUUAAUGGAUCAUCAUUGAUGAGGAUCAAUAAAUUUGAAUAAUUUCUCUUUCAAUUGUCUUGAA